AUGGCCACUACAGACGUAAAAACCAAAUCAAAGAAAGCAGCUGAGCAUCCUUCUUAUGAGAGCAUGAUUAUUGCUGCCAUCUCUAAUCUCAAGGAGCGCAAGGGUAGCUCUCGUCCUGCUAUCAAGAAGUACGUUCUUGCCAACUUUAAGGUAUCACCUGGUGCUCAUUUUGAUUCGCAAAUCUCUGGAGCCAUUCGACAUGGCGCUGCAAAAGAUGUCUUUUCUCUUCCAAAAGGCUUGUCUGGUACAGUCAAGUUGGUGAAGCCUGUAAAAAAGACAACAGAAAAGACGCCUGAAAAGAAAAAGACAUCUGCUCCAAAGAAAUCCGCAUCUGCUCCAAAGACACCUACAAAAAAAGUUGUCAAGAAGAAGGCUAAUGCUGCCACCAAUGCCACUGCCACUGCAAAAGCUUAA